AUGACAACUGGAAAUACACAUUCUGGGUCUCCUACUUCACCAACAGCACCAUGGGUUCAGCAGUCAGGUAGAGCUGGUACACCAACUAGUGUUUAUUCAAAUACCAAUUCCCCUACAUUAGGAGCCCCAUCUUCCCCGACAAUAUCAACAUCUUCCAGUCCGCAAGUAGUUACACCCCCUAGGAGUACUAGCCCAACGAUAUCUCCCAUAUCAUCAAAUACUUCGUCGCAUUCCAGCCUCCCUAGCUCUCAAAACCAAACGAUACCACCUAAGACUCCAAAUUCCGUUCUUUCGAAAUGGGGAAUUGGAUGGGAAACACCAACGAUAAUUAUAUCAUGUUACCUACUCGCUCUCGCAACCGCCCUCCUUCACUUGUUUUUAUUCAUCUACAUCUCAGGUAAAGCAGCCGACGGAAAAGACAGAGUUGCUCCUCAGACGUAUAUCUCCACAGCGUCUAACAUUCUCGCCAAUGCUUUCUCAUUCUUUCUCAAGACGGCCUUGGCCACAUCUUUUGUUCAGUAUCUAUGGCGUCUUCUGCGUGCUCAAAGCAUGAAGAUAUCCACGAUCGAUACUCUUUUCGGAUUAAAGUCCAAUCCUUUUCAGAUAUGUACAGGGGCUGCUAUUCGUGCUGCUCCUGUUCUGUGUGUGUUGUCUAUAAUGAUGGCUAGUAUGACAGUUGCAGUCAGUUUCCCUCCCGGUGCUAUCAAUGUUGUUACAAUACAAAGGACAUCGUAUAAUUCGGUAGUGGUUCCAACAUUUAAUGCAUCAUUUAUGGGAAAUGGUUCUGGCUUAGCCGCUAACCAAUAUGCUUUGGCUGUGUUAUCACCGAUAUCUGAGAGUGCAGAUGGAUCUGUAUCUGGAUUUACUUCUAGCGGUUUAUUAACGGGAAAACACUCCAAUUUGCUUCCCCGCCUCGCUUUCCAAACAAUGAUCACAGGACAAGCAUUUGAUCAACCUUCACCCUGUGGCGUCAAUUGUUCCUUUGUGAUAGAAUUUGAGGGCCCAACACUUGACUGCAACUCAUCCAGCACCAAUAUCACAUCCAGUGUCACCAUCAACUCGACGACCUUACAUCCAGAAUUUACAAUCUACUCAGGAAACUGGUCUGAUCUCACACUUGCUACGCCUGCGCUUCGACAUAAACUUUACAACGGAACCUAUACGAAUGCACAUUGGCAAAGUAGCACAUUAUCCCUGCUAGAUACAGAAUUAAACACCGUUGAUGCCAACUCCAUCAAUCAAACCUCGACCUUGAACACAUCCAUGAUACAAGACAACCUCUAUUGUACCCCUGGCCGCGCACUCUACACUGUAAAUAACACCUACAUCUCCAAUAUUCUCACACGCAACGUCACCACCACCUUUAUUUCGCCGCUAACAAAUCUUGUCCUGCACACCCACGACAAUUCCGUCAUCGUGCCUGGCUUCACAAACGUUUCUGGAAUUACUAGCGGAUACUAUUUUGGCAGCAACCCUGCAAAUUGGAGCGCUGAAGCUCUGGCCUACUAUCGGGAUUUGAAUAUGAUGACAAUUUUGGAUACUAUGUUUUACUACCUCGCUGGAGAAUUUACAGCGUUGCCGGCUGUUCUCCUUGAUAAUGAUGAGGAAAGGGCGGUAGAUGCUAUUGAUGCCACGGGAUGGGGGGAAGAUUCGCCAGGAUUUGGGAACGCCGACAAUUGGAGUUCUGGAGCUCUUAACGGCACAAUCAUCUCCCGCACUCCUCUCAACACAGCUUUUACACACUACACCACCAACUCCUCUGCAAACCCCUCCUUCGUCAUCACACAAAACGCACUCAAUGCCCUCCUUCAAAACAUCACCCUCAGCGCCUCUCUCUCCUACUCCCUCUGGUCCACCCCCACCAACACGAGCAUGCUCACUCUCCACAACAUCUACUCCUUCUCGCAACCCCUCAACCUCCUCCUCCCCUAUUUCCUCUCUCUACUCCUCUCCCUCCCUUUCCUCAUCCUCGGUCUCUGGGCUCUCGUCCAAAACGGUGUCGCAGCCCAAGACGCAAAUUUCACACAACUGCUCUGCACCACUUCCUCCCUGUCCGCACCACCCCCGACACCCGGAUUAUCAAAUAGAACCUCCAGCAUGGCUAUCCCAUCACAGCUCCGAACUCUUACCCAAGCGGCCUGUCUGGGAAACACAGAAUCACUAUCGAAACCUCUCAAGGAAUUGCGUAUUCGUUAUGGUGAGCUGAAAAAUCCGAACGGAAAUCCAGGGAUGGGAAAUAGCAUUCCAAUAGUGGAUAUCAGGAGAGCGGGCUUUGGGCUUGAGAACGAGGUGGAACCGUUGGUAAAGGGGGGAAAUUAUGGUGUUAUGGUUUAA